AUGCAAGAUGGCAGCCCUGACUCUGUGCUGUCAGAAUCCGAAAGGGGGCAUGAUGAUGUUUCUGCCGAUCCUUGUAUCACGUGCGAGAAACUCCUCGACGCGGCUCACCGUAUCGUGGCCAAGAACCUGCAAAGGCGAGACCACGAGAUUGGACCGUUGCGAAACUCGGACCGGUUUGUACCGGUACUGCGACCCCUGACCAACAUCGGAUGUCUGGUGAACAUCCUAGUGGACUCGAGCUGUGAAAACCACAAAGGCUUUGUGCGGGAUACAUUCUUGAUGCCACAUGAUGCAUACACGACUACAGGCCGCUUCGAAGAUAAAACGGUUGAGGCGUACUGGCGCGCAGACAAAGAUCGCGCCGAGCUUGCCACCCGCGCACUUAAUACUUACUCUUUCUGUGAGAUCCUGUUGCUCACUUGCGAGCCAAAUAUUUCUCUCCUUCCUUGCAUGGGACGACAAAGGGAUGAGAAUUUUAUUGACAUCAACCUGGCAAAGGAUUGGAUUUGUCAUUGCGAGCGAAACCAUACGGCAACUUGUGGCAUACAAACUCUGCCUUCUACGCAGCUAUCGUGGAUGGUCGACACCAAAGACCUGUGCUUGGUGCCGGCCGUGGAGGGCACUCGAUAUGUGGCCCUAAGCUAUGUCUGGGGCCACACAGAGAUGCUGAAGUCUACCACAGACACACUCCGUAUUCUUCAAGAGGCAGGAGCACUUGGCGCAAGGACAGGCUUGAAGGUACCCAACGUCGUACAAAAUGCCAUUGCGCUUGUCCCUCGGCUGGGAGAACGCUACCUAUGGGUCGACUCGCUCUGUAUCAUGCAAGAUGACCGCGAGUGCCUGGAUCGCCACAUCCGGCAUAUGGCUUCCAUUUAUGAGGCUGCUCUCUUCACCAUUGUUGCGGCGGAUGGCUCAGACGCAAACUAUGGGAUUUUGGGGAUCAGGGACGUGUCAGCACCCCGGAAGCUGCCAUCGACGGAGCUGGAAAGCGUUGGUGAUCUUGCUCUAAGAUAUCCAGCAGUCUCACAGUUGGAGGAACUUCUCGGGGGCUAUACUGCCAGGAAGCUUACCUUUGAAAACGAUGCACUGAGGGCGGUUGAGGCCGUCUUUAUGGCCCAUCGUAUGGCUUUCCCAAGUGGAUUUUUUCAGGGCUUACCACUUGACUUCUUCGACUUGGCGCUACUUUGGUAUCAUCCGACAGGCCAGGGUGCGACACGACGUCCAGCGGUCCCACCCUCCAAAGUAUCCCCUUUCCCAAGCUGGACUUGGGCUGGAUGGGUCGGCAAACUGAAGCUUGGAGCUUGGCGUUCUGCGACAUAUAUCAAAGAUGCAGACGAGCCCGCUUAUUGGGGCAAAAGAUGUCUGACCAUUCCCAUGCUUGAAUGGCGGUAUCAGUCCGAUAAUAAGACGUCAGGUUUCCCCGUUCCCGGGCAGAACAGCGCCAACGAUUGCAGGCAACAGUUUAUGGGGAAGGCAAACGGGUUGCCGCAUGGAUGGAAGUACGAGAAUGAAUCUUUGGGGCCUAUACCGUCUGAUGCGUGGUCGAGGUUCGCCAUGCUCAAAAGCAACAACUGGGGCCUGCAGACUCCCUACUACUAUUCACAUGAGGCUGCACCUGGUGUGAAGUUCUGGCACCCAGUGCCAAUCUCACCUGAUCCGCCAAGUGAUAGAGCGGUUUUCAUCGAUGGUCGCCUUCUACGCGCGGAGACUCAGAGCGGCCGACUUUGGGUGACCGGCGAUAAGAAUAAUAUACCCACUGGCAUGACUGAGAACGUGGCCGAUGCACACCAAGGGAUUGGAAUCCGCCUAUUCAGCGACACAAUCACUGUUGAAACAGUGCUUCUGGAUGAGAAGGGUGAUGUAGUUGGCGACUUAUACAUCAAUGAUCGAGACGACUUUGAAAUUGUCAAGAAUUAUAGUCGUCAAACCGACAAAGCAGGUUAUCCAUGUGAGCUGGUUGCAAUAUCCAAAGGAAACGACUUCGUACAUCCCAUGGAGCCCAGCAAAGAGGAGUACACGUUCUACAACGUGCUUUGGGUAAAAUGGGAAGACGGCAUUGCAUACCGAAGAGGCAUGGGCCGAGUCAAGAGGGAGACAUGGGAAAGCAUGAAGCUGGAGGAUAUUGACUUGGUACUGGGCUGA